CGCCGCGGCGCUCUCCGAUGACGCCACAUCCGAGCGACGCAGCCGGGGGCGCCUGAAGGUGGCGGCGGAGCGCCAUGGCCGCCUGGCAGCUGAGGGCCCUGCGUCGUCUCCCCGCCGCCGCCGCCGGCUUCUCGACAGCGCCGAAAAAGACGCAGUUCGGCUCUCUCAAGGAUGAGGACCGCAUCUUCACCAACCUCUACGGGCGGCACGAGUGGAGGCUGCAGGGAGCGCUGCGGCGGGGCGACUGGUACAAGACGAAGGAGAUCCUGCUGAAGGGCGUCGACUGGAUCUUGGGUGAGAUCAAAGCCUCGGGGCUGAGGGGCCGCGGGGGGGCCGGCUUCCCCACCGGCCUCAAGUGGAGCUUCAUGAACAAGCCGCCUGAUGGCAGACCCAAGUACCUGGUAGUGAACGCAGAUGAGGGGGAACCAGGCACCUGCAAGGACCGUGAGAUCAUGCGGCACGACCCACACAAGCUGGUGGAGGGCUGCCUGGUGGCCGGCCGUGCCAUGGGCGCUCGUGCCGCCUACAUCUACAUCCGCGGCGAGUUCUACAAUGAGGCCUCCAAUCUGCAGGUGGCCAUCAGGGAAGCAUAUGAGGCUGGGCUUCUGGGGAAGAAUGCCUGUGGUUCUGACUAUGCCUUUGAUGUCUUCGUGGUGAGGGGUGCUGGGGCGUACAUCUGUGGUGAGGAGACAGCGCUCAUUGAGUCCAUUGAGGGCAAGCAGGGCAAGCCGCGCCUCAAGCCUCCCUUUCCUGCUGACGUGGGAGUCUUUGGCUGUCCCACCACGGUGGCCAAUGUGGAGACAGUGGCUGUGGCCCCCACCAUCUGCCGGCGUGGCGGUGCCUGGUUUGCUGGCUUUGGGCGUGAGCGCAACUCCGGGACAAAGCUUUUCAACAUCUCCGGCCACGUCAACCACCCCUGCACAGUGGAGGAGGAGAUGUCAGUGCCGAUGAAGGAACUCAUUGAGAAGCAUGCUGGGGGUGUCCGUGGUGGCUGGGACAACCUGCUGGCUGUCAUCCCGGGGGGCUCCUCCACCCCACUGCUCCCAAAGUCGGUGUGUGAGACUGUGUUGAUGGACUUUGAUUCCCUGGUGCAGGCGCAGAGUGGGCUUGGCACAGCUGCAGUCAUUGUCAUGGAUAAAUCGACUGACAUCGUCAAAGCGAUCGCUCGUCUCAUCGAGUUCUACAAGCACGAAAGCUGUGGGCAAUGCACCCCGUGCCGGGAAGGUGUUGACUGGAUGAACAAGGUGAUGGCACGCUUCGUGCAGGGAGACGCACAGACAGCUGAGAUUGAUGCAUUGUGGGAGAUCAGCAAGCAGAUUGAGGGGCACACUAUCUGUGCACUGGGUGAUGGUGCCGCGUGGCCCGUGCAGGGCCUCAUCCGCCACUUUCGGCCGGAGCUGGAGGACAGAAUGCGGCGCUUUGGAGAGGCCAAAGCACGAGCGGCCUCAGCAUGAGGAGGUCGGGGUGGUGGCAGCAGUGGCACCACACUUUGCUGCUCCCAGUGGGUUCUAGCCCACUCUUGGAGCUCCUUAAUAAACACUGCUGUAACUGAA